GUUGUGAUGUUAAAUGAUAUAUUGACCAUUGAUUUUCUAUAUGAGAAAGUUAAAAAAAAAUGGUGAGUGAGUGCUUUAACAUAAUUAAGAAUUCGAGGCCUUUAUAGUCACAUGAACCUCAUGACCUUAUAGAGAUCAUUAUGGCCUUUAUUUUUCUAUGAUAUGCAUUUCCCCCUUACCUUGUACCCACUAUAAAAAGGUCCGCCCCUAUACAUACAAUACACUUCAAGAACAAGAGAAUUCUUUGAAUACAAGUAUAUUCUCCGGCAGAUCUAUAGUCCAUUUAUAAUCGUAGCUACACAUAUUGGUGAGGUGACAUUGAAUAAUAUUAGACAGGGAAAUUUCAAAUGGUGAAAAAAGAAAUGGAUAUGGGUUUCUAUAACCCUUAUCAUAGCAAAGAAGACAUUAAUGGCUUUGUGGACCUCACUCUUCGAUUAGGAUUACCUAUUUAUCACAAGAACCAAAAUAAUCCCAAUAUAAUCUCCCAAACCCAGAUGCUUCAUCCUCAUAAUCAACUACAACCGCAACCACAACAACAAGCCCCAUAUUUUAAUUAUAUCGAAUAUGCCUAUCGUUUAAACCAUUUUCAUCAGGAACAAGCCAUGUCAUAUAAGAGUGGUGGCAAUAUAAACUUGAUCAUGAAUGAAGAUGUCAAUAGCAGCAGUGGUUCGAAUUUGAAAGUUGAACAAAACAAUAAUGUAUACUUAACAAGUAACGGAAGCUACAACAACAGUACUACUUAUUAUGAUGCACUACUGGAAGAAGAUCAAGUAACAUUAGCUCCUCUUCCUUACAGUUAUAAUAACAGGAUAGGAGAGUCACAGUACAACAAUAGUGGUGUAAGUGAUCAAAGUGUUCUUGUUAUGGGGGAGGUGGAUCCUGAUGAUGAUUUCAACUGGUGUUCCAACUGUAAUUGUUCUACUGGAUUUAGAUCAUAUACCCCUAUCUGGUGCAAUAAUGCUCCUCUGGGCUCCAAGGUUGCUUGUGGAAUCAUGUAUCGGAAAGUAGAAGAGAAGAGAGCAAAGGAGGAGAGUAGCAUUACUUAUUAAGUAGUGGCUUAUUGUUCCAUACCCUUAGCAUUACUUAUUAAUUAUUACAAUAAGAAACUUUUAUAAAUUAUAUGUGGAUUCAUUUUAUUAAGACUAUAUGUUAAUUGCAAUGAUAUUUUACAAGUUCUUCACAAAAGUACAUGGAUAAUGAUG